CAAGAUACAAAGAAGCAAAGGAAGAAUUGGCUAGAAGAGCACCUAGCAUCUCUGUCAAGAUACAUUGUAUACUGCAGGAGAACAACAGAAAGGCGCGUGUAAAUUCGUUAGCUUCAAAAUCGAUUGGUUAAAGAACGUUUUAUAUCGGUAUACCCUACGAAAAUGUCUAAACGACGCAUCGAAGUGAUGGAUCCAUUCAUCAAAAAACGCAGGGAAGAAAAAGGUUUGCUAGAUGCCGGAGCAUCCACGAGCAAGAAUGCAAGCAACGCCUCGACGGCAACGGCUGCUGCUUCAUCAGGAAAAACGAAUCCGUUGAAUGGCUUUCCAUACACUCCAAACUACUACAACUUGUACAAGAAGCGAAUUACUCUACCGGUGUUUGAGUAUCGAACUGAUUUCAUGCGGUUACUGUCGGAACACCAGUGCAUCGUGUUGGUGGGUGAAACCGGAUCAGGCAAAACUACUCAAAUUCCCCAAUGGUGCGUAGACUUCGCUAGGGUCAGCGGAGUAAAGGGAGUCGCCUGUACACAGCCCCGUCGAGUGGCCGCGAUGUCUGUGGCACAACGUGUUUCGGAGGAAAUGGAUGUUCUUCUCGGAGAACAAGUGGGAUAUAGCAUUCGUUUCGAAGAUUGUUCAUCGCCAAGAACUGUUUUAAAAUACAUGACUGACGGUAUGUUAUUGCGUGAAGGAAUGAGUGAUCCAAUGUUGGAGGCAUACCAAGUUAUAUUGCUAGAUGAGGCACAUGAACGUACUUUAGCAACGGAUCUAUUGAUGGGAGUUUUGAAAGAAGUCAUCCGUCAACGCAAAGAUUUAAAAUUAGUUAUUAUGUCUGCCACACUGGAUGCAGGAAAAUUUCAACAAUACUUUGAUAAUGCGCCAUUGAUGAACGUUCCUGGUCGGACACAUCCGGUCGAAAUUUUCUAUACACCGGAACCGGAAAAGGAUUAUUUGGAAGCUGCAAUUCGUACAGUUAUUCAAAUCCACAUGUGUGAAGAUAUAGAAGGCGAUAUUUUGAUGUUCCUUACUGGUCAGGAGGAAAUAGAAGAAGCUUGCAAACGAGUGAAACGUGAAAUUGACAAUCUCGGACCGGAAGUAGGAGAACUGAAGUGCAUCCCACUAUAUUCAUCGCUCCCUCCAACAAUGCAACAAAAAAUUUUUGAGGCUGCUCCUCCCAAAAGAGCAAAUGGAGCUGUUGGACGAAAGGUGGUCAUUUCUACAAAUAUUGCCGAAACAUCUCUCACUAUCGAUGGAGUAGUGUUUGUGAUUGAUCCAGGUUUCUCAAAGCAAAAGGUGUACAAUCCCCGUAUUCGCGUGGAAAGUUUGCUGGUUUCUCCGAUAAGUAAAGCAUCGGCUCAACAACGCGCCGGUCGUGCUGGGCGUACAAGACCUGGUAAAUGCUUCCGACUAUACACAGAAAAAGCAUAUAAAACAGAGAUGCAAGACAACACUUAUCCUGAAAUUUUGAGAUCAAAUUUAGGAACGGUUGUUCUUCAGUUGAAGAAACUUGGCAUAGAUGAUCUGGUACACUUCGAUUUCAUGGACCCACCAGCCCCAGAGACGUUGAUGAGAGCACUUGAACUAUUGAAUUAUUUAGCAGCAUUAGAUGAUGACGGAAACCUAACUGAUUUGGGUGCCGUUAUGGCGGAGUUUCCUCUGGAUCCACAACUAGCAAAAAUGCUCAUUGCAAGCUGCCAACAUAAUUGUUCCAACGAGAUCCUCUCCAUUACUGCAAUGCUGUCGGUCCCGCAGUGUUUCGUACGUCCCAAUGAGGUGAAAAAGGCUGCCGACGAUGCUAAGAAGCGCUUCGCUCAUCUUGACGGCGAUCAUUUAACGCUACUGAACGUGUAUCAUGCUUUCAAGCAGAAUAACGAAGAUCCAAGCUGGUGCUACGAUAACUUUAUCAACUAUCGUUCCUUAAAAUCAGCUGACAAUGUUCGCCAGCAGCUAGCGCGAAUAAUGGACCGAUUCAAUCUGAAGCGCACUAGUACAGACUUUAACACAAAUAAUUAUUACUUCAACAUCCGGAAAGCGUUGGUACAAGGAUUCUUCAUGCAGGUCGCCUAUCUGGAACAAACUAAACAUUACGUAACGAUAAAGGAUAAUCAAAUAGUCCAGUUGCAUCCUUCAACAUGCCUUGGACACAGACCGAAUUGGGUGAUGUACAACGAAUUUGUGCUAACAACAAAGAACUACAUUCGCACUGUUACUGAUGUUAAACCGGAAUGGUUACUCACAAUAGCACCCCAGUACUACGAUAUGAACAAUUUCCCACAUUGUGAGUCCAGGCGUCAGUUGGAGUUGAUAUCAGCUAAGCUUGAAUCGAAACAAUAUCAACAUGGAUUCUAAAAAUAUUUUGGAUGCGAUGUAACUGUUUUACCUUCAAUGUACCUAUAGCACUAUUCUUCGGAUUACUUGCACCAGCAGUUGAGAUGAAAAACGGCAUCCGAAUGCAGGAAAAUAGCAACACAACAUAAAUUGGUUAGCCUAAGUUCCAAGCUAAGAAUAAACACAUUUUUCAAAAAUUGAAUA